AUGUUCUCCACGUUCAUCCAGACCUUGGUCUUCCUCCUCACAGCCACCACGGCCCUCGCCGCUCCGGCCGGAAGCCACAAAUGGCCCCGCUUCACCGUCCCCCAGCAGCACUUUGAGGUUCUCAGCAUGCGCAUGCAGGAGCCCGUGAACCCGGCGGCAAUGGUGGAAGCUACCUGCAUCGACCGCAACGCCCACAUCGUCUUCCACGACCAAAACGCCGCGGAACUCGCCAUCUGCAGCGGCAUCUCGGGCGACGUCGCCGCCUGCCACGGCAACCCCUCCACAACGACAGGCCAGGCCGGCUCCGCGCGGUUUUCCCUCAAGACCACCGUCGAGGGCGCCAGCAUCACCAUUGCCAAGAACAAGUGGGAGCAGUGCGUCCGCGCCGCCCGCGAAAAGUGCCCCACCGGCAGCCUCCGCGCCGUCUGCGCCGGCGGCGCGACGGUUGGCGACGUCGAGUUUACGCUCAAGAACUCGUUUGGCAUGGACGAUUUGUAA